AGGCGGUAGCGGGAUGUCCCCGAGCUGACCGCCCCGGGCCUGUGCCCGCCCGCGUAGACGCGCCCGGCCCGACCCCGCGCCACCAUGUAAACGGCGCCCGAAGGCGGACGCUGGCUUCUUCGCCCGGGACCCCUCUGCCCUGCCCCGGGUCCCGGGGCCCUCGAUGAGUGGGGGCUGUGUGUCAGAUUCUCCAGAACCGAAGGACACACCAUGCUGACUGGGGUGACCGAUGGGAUCUUUUGCUGCCUUCUGGGCGCGCCACCCAAUGCUGUGGGGCCACUGGAGAGUGUGGAGUCCAGCGAUGGCUACACCUUUGUGGAGGUCAAGCCUGGCCGCGUGCUACGGGUGAAGCAUGCUGGACCCACUCCGGCCCCCACACCACCUCCAUCACUGUCAGACGGCGCCCAGGGGGACCAAUCCGGCUUGGUCCGCUGCCAGCGCAAAAUCACAGUGUACCGCAAUGGGCGGUUACUGGUGGAGAACCUGGGCCGUGCACCACGAGCUGACCUCCUGCACGGGCAGAACGGCUCUGGGGACCCACCAGCCGCCCUCGAGGUAGAGCUGGCGGACCCAGCGGGCAGCGAUGGCCGCGCAGGCCCAGGCAGUGCUGGGAGUGGCAGUGGUGGACGAAGGCGGCGAGCCCGACGUCCCAAGCGGACCAUCCACAUUGACUGUGAGAAGCGCAUCACCAGCUGCAAGGGCACCCAGGCCGAUGUGGUGCUCUUUUUCAUCCACGGUGUCGGCGGUUCCCUGGCCAUCUGGAAGGAACAGCUGGACUUCUUUGUGCGCCUGGGCUACGAGGUGGUGGCACCCGACCUGGCCGGCCACGGGGCCAGCUCAGCCCCCCAGGUGGCCGCCGCCUACACCUUCUAUGCCCUGGCAGAGGACAUGCGUGCCAUCUUCAAGCGCUAUGCCAAGAAGCGAAACGUGCUCAUUGGGCAUUCCUAUGGUGUCUCGUUCUGCACGUUCCUGGCGCAUGAGUACCCAGACCUGGUGCACAAGGUGAUCAUGAUUAACGGCGGGGGCCCCACAGCCCUGGAGCCCAGCUUCUGCUCCAUCUUCAACAUGCCCACGUGCAUCCUGCACUGCCUGUCACCCUGUCUGGCUUGGAGCUUCCUCAAGGCCGGCUUUGCCCGCCAAGGGGCCAAAGAGAAGCAGCUGCUGAAGGAGGGCAACGCGUUCAACGUGUCUUCCUUCGUGCUUCGGGCCAUGAUGAGUGGCCAGUACUGGCCUGAGGGCGACGAGGUCUACCACGCCGAGCUCACCGUGCCCGUCCUGCUUGUCCAUGGCAUGCACGACAAGUUUGUGCCGGUGGAGGAAGACCAGCGCAUGGCCGAGAUCCUGCUCCUGGCCUUCCUGAAGCUCAUCGAUGAAGGCAGCCACAUGGUGAUGCUGGAGUGUCCGGAGACGGUCAACACGCUGCUCCACGAAUUCCUGCUCUGGGAGCCCGAGCCCUUGCCCAAGGCCCUGCCCAAAGCUCUGCCCGAGCCCCUGCCCGCGCCCCCAGAGGAAAAGAAGUAGCCGCUGAGCUGGCCGGGUAUGGCUUAGUGAGCUGAGGAGCCGGAGGAGGAGCCAGGAGCCAGCGUCUGGUGGGCAGCGCAGACCACCUGGGCGGGGCCGUUUGCUCCAGUGGGCGGGGUCAGGUCAGGGAGACGCCCCCAGGCCCGCUGGGCAGCGCAUGGCAUUCGUGGGAGCCAGCGGGACACGCCGCUCUCUGCUAGUCCUGCGGGACCCAUCGGUGUUUCGGGCCCAUAGCCGGGAUCCCUGCGGAGGAUGACCUUGUACAGAAGCCCCUUCCCCCACAACGCCAGGGCCGAGGCAGGCCGCCACGCCGCUCUCUGUCUUCCGUGUCCGCCGUGCUUGAUCCUGGGACCUUCGGGACCCCACCCCAAUGCCCGAGACCCCUUACCCCCAUUCCUCGGCGCUGGGAGCUAUUGUUACCCAAGGGGGGAGGGUUUGGGAGGGGACUGGCGCCACGGAACCUGCGCCUCAACUUGUAAUUCAAUAAAAAGAAGUGACAAUCUGA